AUGAGCGCCUUCGCCUCUCCCGCCGAGACUGACCGCUUCCCCAUCAGGAGCUCAACUUUCGCGGAGGCUCCCGUCCGUGCAGAAAUGGAGGCUCAUGUAUUAAUGAACCCACUCCUCCGGGGCGGUGUCACCCAAGCACCAUAUGCUUCCGCCUACCAGCAGGACACACAGUCGCAGAUGCAACAACACCGUCGCUCCAUAACGUCUGGCCCUCCCUAUCCGUUCGCGGCAACCUUAGCACCUUCUUUAGCAGUCCCUGUGGGGGUUCCCUUAGGUCGUGAGGGCAGCGCUGAGGGCGUCGGAGCUUCCUCUCCAGGAGAGAAAUUGGAUGUUCUGGGAGAGGCUUCCGCACAGUUUGCCAAGGCGGCGAUCCGCCUACUGUGGGGGGGCUUGCGAAGCGACGAGCUGCACCUUCAUUUAGACAGUCCUGCGAGGGGCCCCUUCCUAGGGGUGGGCCCAUGGGGCCGCCGAGUAGGAGGCCCCCUCUGCACCAAGGCGAUGUACGAAGAAAAUGGAAACGCUUUUGUUGUAUCGGAUCCUCAAGAGUGGCUGCCACUGCCGAACUGUUUCUCGCGCCUCCUCUGCACCUGCGGAGCAGCAGAAAACACCGGUGGCAGCAGUGGUAGCGUUUCGUGUUGCUGCACAGAAGCGCCUCCUUGUGGAUUUAUAUCCGAGUUGAAUAGCGUGUGGGUGGGAGGCGAGGGAUUUCUGUAUCUGUGGGAGGUGGGGUCCCCCGAGGACGCAGUGGAACAGCUCUCGGUGCCGGGUUCAGUUGAGUCUGUGGUGUACAUACACCUGGAUAGGGAGGUCCUUCCCCCAGCCCUUAGGGCUUCUUUUUGUUGGGAUGACGCCGAUCUGGCGGCCUUCUCUGUAACAGCCCAUCUUGCGCCCUCCGGGUGUACAGAUUCCCCACCUUUCAGCAGCAUAAAUGCCUCUCCCUUGCAUUGCAUUGCCGUGUCGCUAACGUCCUCUGUCCGCCUCUUUGCUAUUUCGGCAAGGGCAGGGGCCCCCAGAAGGAACCUCAUUUCGCAUCUGCAGCACGGCAGGGGAGGGCCCCCAAGGAGCUCCCAAGCGGCCCCCGCCUCCGUCUGCUGCUGCGGCAUGGAGUUCACGGAGAUCGGAGUCGCCGAUAAGCCGAUGAGGGGCUUCAGUGGUGGGCCCCUGGAGCUGUCGCAUGCAGUAGCGCACAAAGGCAGCAGCCACGUCUUCUUCGGCAGUACCAGCUCCCAGCAAGUUUUCCGUCUGGAGGUAGGGCCCCGAGCGGGGCCCCCGGGAGGGCCUCGAUGGGGCCCGCCGGUUGCACCUGCGGGGGCAGUCGAGGCUCAAGGGUUCAGGCUGUGGAGUCGGCGUACAGAGGGAGACGACGGGCUAGUUACGUGCCGCCUAGCUGCUCUCAACCCGAAGCUCUCUGACUGGCUUCGAUCGAGCAUUGCUCUCGGCGUUAGACGCUUCUUCGGGCUCGCCAGUACCCCCCACAAUGGCAGCAGCAGCAGCAGCAGCAGAUCAGGAGAAAAUAAUACGGGGGCUCAUCGACAAGGGCUGCAACAGCUGCAGAUGGAUGAAGCGCGGGGAAUUCUUUGGGCUUUAGGGAGCGACUCCUCAGUAAGCGCCUUUUUGUUGCCCACACUCUCAGCGGAACAACUGGCUUCAAAGGAAGAGGACCGCAACAGAUAUACAACGCUCCGCAUGACCUCUAAGGCCAUAGAGGAGGGCCUUCGCAGCCUAGGAGCCUCUUGGCAGCGCUCUCCGCCUGCGGGCUGCGGAGGACUGCUGGGGCCCCUCCUGCGCACAGGGGGAUUUGUGGCUGUAUCGCUCUCCGUCAUUCCUCCGCAGGAAGGUCACUCGCUCGCUGCUGUCAUCGUGGAUGCUUCGGGCGGUCGCACAUUUCUUUCUCUCGCCGACCCUUACAGCAGCUCUGCUCCUGGUAGCGGAGCCUUCCCCCCCCCAAGGAACUACGCUGUCCGGAGGCCCUCGGCGGGGCCCCGGGGGCCCCCGCUGCGCUUAGUUGUUGGGGGCUAUAGGGGCCCAAUAGACCCUCUGCCCCCCUCUCUGGGGCCCCUGCGCUGUGCUGCCGUCGCCUCUUCCGUGUUCCUCUCUGCGCACGCGGCGAAGAAGGAGGCGGGCGGCGCCUGCGAGGAGGCAGCUGCUCCGCAGGCGGAGGAGGAUCGGGGGGCCCCCCUGCUGCUUCCGCGGUGUGGGCCUUGCAGGAACUCGUGCUUCGUGGGGGCCCCCUGUGUCCUUUGCGCCGCAUUCGGGAAUGCGGGAGAGGGGGGCCCCGCUGGGGGCCUCUCAGGGGGCCUCCUUGAUGUCCAAGAGCCGGAGCUUCCCUUCAUCUACGAGCAGAGCAACGGCGGCAGCAGCGCCAGUGCAGCAGGCUCUCUGUGUUGUUGCUGCAAGGCCAGGCCUGCUAUUGCGGAAGAUGCUGCUAGCCCCAAGUGCACAGCUGCGAACAACGGCAGCAGCGACGUCCUUGUUGCUGCAGCCCCCGAUCUGCGAGGCUUGGCAAUGCUGCAGCAAGGGGGAUGCUACAGCAACAACGGAGGCGUGGCUCCAGGCGUAACCCCUGCCUCGCCCCUUGCCAGCAACUUUUUCCCCUCGAAAACACACCUCCCGACAGCACAGGAUCCGCUGCGCUCGCAAAGCAGUGGGAGGCCCCCCUCCCUCUCAAAUGAAUGGUUUUGCUGCUUCCGUCUACGAGAAGGGGCGGGGCGUGUGUUGCUGCUUUGUGAGCCACUACCUUCCCCAGCUUUUGGGGUUCUGCAGCAGUGCAGUUCCGUCUUUCCUUCUCCCUUUGACUCCAGAAAGCGGCAGCAGUGGCUCUCGCUCCCGUACGGAGGGGACCCCUUUUCUUCGGCUGAGUGGGAGAAGAGGGGCCUCGGCGGGGGGCCCCAGAGGGGCCUCAACGGGAUGAGCAGCAAGGCGUCCAUCUGCGCCUCCUUGCCGGCUGUCUGUGCGCCAAGUGCCCUCACGGACGCAGCGGCGGGGGUCCUCUGUGGGGCCCCCAAGCUGCUCGUAAUUACCAGCAAAUACGUGCUGCAAGUGCGACGCCAGACCAUUGCGCAGAUCUACGUUCGCAGCAUCGAGAAUCUCAUGAGAGGGGGCCCAAGGCUGGCAGCCCUGGACGACCCAAGAGGCAUUGCAAGUGCGUAUGGGGGAGGCAUACACCCGCAGCAGCAGCAGCAGCAGCAGCUACGCGACGGUCUGUUUGUCUCGGUGGGCCCCCAGCGUCAUGCUCACUGGCGCUUGGGAACCCUUUUGACGGCGCACAUGUGCGAAGAGGGGCAGUUUGGGGCUGAUGCAGUGUUUGCUGCUUUUUGGCAGCUGAUGACGGACAGUGCGUCUGCCCUUGCUGCAUUUCAUGCCACCCAGGCGAGCAGCAGCGGACGCCAACAAGGAGGAGGGUCCGAGGGGGGGCCCCCCAACACCACGAAUCUGCUCGACAAACAGCGUGGCGCCCUCAGACUGAGCAGAGCGGGGGCCUACUUUCAGCCCCCCUCGGCUCCCCAGCUCAUGCAAGGGGGGAUUUCGGGGGGCCCCCUCGGCUUUUUUGAGACCCCUUUCGGCCUGGGCUACGUUCAAGACUCAGGGCGGCAGCAGCAGCAGGUUGUCGCUAGCGCUGCUGCUGCUGCUGCUGCUGCUGCCCGGGGGGGCCCCCCGGGAGGCCUCGGCAGCCCCCUUGGGGCCCCCUCUCUUGAAGCGGCUGCUGCAGGAAGGGAGGGAGACGGUAAAGCAAUGGCGCUUGCCGUUGCCUGGCGCGCGCUCGUCGGACUGGAAGCCCGGAGGGAAGGUGGGCCCCCCCUGAACGCGGAGCUUCUUGGGGAGCAAAUGAAUCUUCCGUCUGCGCUGCAGGAGCAGCAGCAAACAUGGGGGGGUAGAAUCUUCGGGUACUCAGACCAGAAGCAGCUGCCGCAGCCACAGCCACCGAACCAGCAACAAGAAGGCUUCAGUCAAACGAUAGGGGACCCUUUUCUGCAGCCUUUGCCGGGAUCAACAAGUGCCUCGAGCAUCCCUGCAGUGCAGAGCCUCCCUGCAGGCCUUAGUAACACCGCUCGCGGUCUCAUACUGUACGCUUCAAGGCUGCUUCGGCCGAUCCUGGGAACCCCCCUCGUGGAGGCAGCGCUCCUGCCAUGCGGUUUAGCCCGUGCAGAUCCCCGGAGCGCGCAUCCGCAACAGCAGCAACAGCUGGGGCGACUUCGGGAGGAAGACGAGGGCACCAGGAAGAGAGGCAGGGGGGAGUUCGACUGGCAGCCGGAGGAACUAGAGGACGCAGUGCAUAGGCGGCAUCUCUGCGCCUGUCUUGUCGGAAGAUUCUCUGCGGAGGCGGUCGAUCGGCUCCUCUCGAAGAUCGCGUGUCUCUAUGAAGUGCUGGAUGCUGUCUACACAACGCUCUUCUUUUCUUUCGGCCAGAAGUCUUCGCUGCAGCAGCAGCAGCAGCAGCAGCUGGCGCAGGGGUCUCCGUGGGCCUUGUCUCUGCGAGGUUUGCCCCCACAUUUCGCCGCGCUGCGCAUGCCACGAGAUAUCCACGUAGACACUGCCGCUGCAACGCAAGAAGGCAUCCCCUCGUCUGCCGAACUCGAACAACAGGAGGUCAUCUGGGCCUCAAUUUCUCUCGUUGAGGCUAUCGAGCUGAGCGUGCUGUAUGGAAUCAGCAAGGUUUUGAUCACGGCUCACGAGAUGCUGACAGCCUACCAGCUCCUGAUGCAGCAAGCAGAGUACUCCGUCCAGAUGGGCUGUAGCCGUUUUGUGCAGCCGCUGCUCUUCGACCGGCUCCUUUCCCUUAGCCUGACGGACUUGCGGGAAGAGUUGGAAGCGCAGAUGCUGUAUCUGCAGCUGCAACGCAAAUUAACCGAACGUGUACAUAGCGAGGCGGCCCCCACUCUCCCAGAGGUGCAAAACUUCGUCUUUUAUCAUUUGAUGCCACGACUCCUCUUUUUGCCGCUCGAGGGUCUCGUCUCGCUGCUGGACAGCCUCAAGUUCUACCCCCUCCUGGUAGAUGUUGUCACUGCAAAGGCAGCGGAGCUGACUGCGAAUUUCCGUCUCCUUACCGCAAGACGCCGAGCGAAGUGGCCCUCCCUAAACGCAGACUCUACGCACCAGAAUCUCGCAGACUUGCAAAAUCUGCUCAUUUCCAGCUGCUACCGUCAUGUGGGGGAAUGCCUUUCUUACCACUGCAAGAAACUUAAGGAGGCCGAGCAGGAGGCGCCUCCUGCAGACCACCAGCCUCAUGAGCAGGAAGAUGGAAAAAGCCACAUUGACACAAGCGUGCAGCAAGAGAGCAAGGCCUGUGCAGCGGCGCUCGUUAAUGCAUGUCUCGGAUGCAGCGACGAAAACAUGCAGGCUUACGUGUUAGAUUGGAUAGCUACGCAUGGAGGCAAACACUUCCCCAUAGCCAUGCUUCAGCUGGAUGGGCCUAUGGCAGAUCGGCUGCUCGCUCAAAGUAACGCUGCUGCCUUUGCUACGGACUUGGGGGAGUGCUACGCUGCUUCUGGGCUGUAUGCUCAGGCCGCCAAGUGCCACAGUCUGCAGGGGCUACGCCAUUGGUCUGCCUCUGAGGGGCGCAGCCGCGUCUUUCAAGAAGUCUCGCAGGCGCAUGCGCAGCAGCAGCUCAAGGCGGACGAUUCGGGAAAGGGUGCAAAUUCAAUGGAUGCCUCCGCCGUGUUGGUUUUUGACGAGCACACAGACGCAUUCUGCUGUAGCCUGACAAGGCCCGUUUGGCAGUUCUUGUUUUCGUGGCUUAGGGAGCAUGCACAGAAGCCUUCGCUCGAUGAGCGGCUUCUCCACUUUGUCAAAGCAAAAGAAAGCGCACAAAAUCUUCUCCAAAAGGCCAGCGGACUCUCCGGACAGGCUGGCUACGGUUUCCCUGACAAACCCGUAAUGGGGCACUUUGAAAAAUCCUCACUUCGGGUAGCUAAAGAAUCGAACAUAGCAUUGGAUGCUGGAGCAGAUGGCUUGUCAAGCGCCUCUACUGAGCGCUCGCUACGGCAGAUUGACCUGAACAUACGAAUGGUCGGGAUUCAAAGGGCUCUCCUCCGCGAUGCUGCGCAUUUAUUUUGUUUCACGACCCUCAGCUGCAUGCAAAACCAUAAGCGAGAAAGAGCGCUGAUCACUGGGCAGCCGCAGGCUUCUGUUGAGGCCGUCAGUGCAGCGGAUGCUGAGGCUUUCUGUUGCAGAAUUUCUGGUGGCUUUGGCAGCAGCAUGAGCGAACACGCAGACCGAUCGCAAGAGCCCGACAGCCGCACAGACGGCUGCCGAGCGAUCCUGGUGCUUAUGAUAGAUCUCCAGCGUGAAGUGUAUGCCCCUGCUGAGCUUUUGGAGCUUUUGACGGCACACAUGAAAGAUUCUGGACUUGCCGAGAGUCUGACGUCUCAUUUCCCCUCCAUUGCCGCACUUCGCCUCUAUGGACAGCGUGUUGCGGCAGCCGCUGCAAAGCAUCUGGCCUGGUCACAGGAACAGGAUGCUGCACUUGCUGCGCUUGAUGAGGCGUGCAUGGCAUUUUUAUCCUUCGCAGAGGCCGCUUCACGCGCUUUGCAUCAGCCGCGCAUUGUCUCCGAUGCUCUGCGAGAUCUACUGGCGCUACCGGAUGCUCCAGUUCGGGACAGCUGCAGCCGAUCACUGAAGCGGCUUUGUGUAGUUCUGCAUCUGCACGCUCAAAGCCAGUGGGGUGACCGCGACGUUGGCAUGUUGAAUGCCGAAGGCGAAAUCGUUCACAUUCCUGGGUUUCUCUGGCCAGCAUGGCGCCUGGCGGAGUGUGGACAAAGCUUUCCCGCCCUCAUAGAUCUGUAUUUGUCGUUUGAACAGGACGAGUCAGCGAAGCACCAUAGCCGGCUGCAUGCCCUCAACCUACAGACUAUCUUUUGUUGGAUAUUCGAGCAAUGGCUGACAAGUCAAGAUGACGUGGCCUGUUCUGGGACGUACGUUGGACUCUUGCACGAAUUGAAGGAAGCUGGGGACCUGCCGUAUUUUGGACCGCCAGUUAGCGUUCCCCUGUGGUCUCAGCUGAAUGAACAAGAACGUGCCCGAGCCGACACCGCGGCGCAGAGGCUAACGGAUAUGUUGUUGCAAAUCGAGUUGGCAAUGUCCGCCGCUACCCGGGCCAACCCCAAUCUGAAGAGUGAACGGCAUUUUAUUGGGGUGCAUUCCCGCUUGGCGAUACUCAAGCAACAGGUUGCUGAAUACCGCGCAGCGUUGCACAAACACGCCCGGUUAGAAGUGGAACUCCUUGCUCAGUCAAUGUUGCUGGCGCGUGUCUGA